AUGUUGGACACAUUUGAGGUACUGACGACCUCCGGCGUGGUACUGUGGUCGCGCAGAUAUUCUCCGGUCGGCCCGCACAUCAUCAACAGCCUCAUCCGCGAUGUCUUCAUCGAGGAGCGCGUGCAACCGCAAGCCGAAGAUGCGGGCUCAAAACCGACAUAUCGGAAAGAGGGUUACACCUUGAAGUGGACAACCGCAAAAGACUUGGGGCUCAUCUUUGUGGCAGUUUAUCAGUCACUGGUGCACAUGACAUGGAUAGACAAGCUCCUCGACAACAUCCGCGCCCUCUUCAUCGGACUCUACGGUGAACAGUUGAAAACCAAGCACAGCAGCGUGGUGAAUUGCGACAAGUUCGCGCCAUACUUCGAGCGCCAGAUACAGGACCUCGAGGGGCAAAGCGAUAGCGGUUUCUCCGCACCGGGCACCAAACUCACCCCUCCUUCCAGCGCAGACAACGAAAGCGCAGAUGAGUUUGACCCUAAGAUACCUCCUUUACAAAAACAACAUAAACCCCAGCACGAUACAUCGGCAGAUUCGACACCGGUCCCAACUCCAGAUACCUCACGGCCGACCACGCCUGCACAAAGCCACCUGCUUACCGGAAGGGCGGGGCCGGGUGCAAAAUUGUCAAGAAGAGGAAAGAAAAAGGCUGCGGCAUUGACCUCCGCGCCUGCCUCAUCAGGGGACGAAGCUUCUGUUAAGCGGAAGGGCAAGGGCUCGGCAAAGAAAAACAGAGUAUGGGGAGACUUCGGUGCGGAAGAGGAAGACCCGUCCAUGGUGUUAGACUAUUCACAAUCGGACCUCAGAGACGAGGCACCAGAAGGCGAAGCCUUGGCAGAAGUCAACCCCGAAUCAUGGGGUAGCAGAACUGGCAAAGGCCAGUUUGUACUAAAAGAUCUGGAUCUGGAAAUGGAUCAAAUAAUAGCAGAGCAGAAUGCGAAGAAGGAAACUUCAACAUCUGCAGUAUCAGGGGGUGGCCUUGUAGGAUCGAGCUUAGGCGCAAUAGGAGGAUUGUUCCGGAAUGUAGUAGGCGGAAAGACACUCACAGAAGAGGACCUUGCCAAGCCGCUGAAGGGUAUGGAGGACCACUUACUCAAGAAAAACGUCGCACGAGAAGCCGCAGUGCGCUUAUGCGACAGCGUAAAGCGAGAUCUUGUUGGCCUAAAGACGAGCUCUUUCACCACUGUGGAAGCCACACUCCGCACCUCCAUGGAAAAGGCCCUCGCCAAGAUCCUCACCCCCACCUCCUCCCUCGAUCUCCUCCGCGAGAUCCAAACCGUCAACGCUUCAGGCCGCCCUUAUGUCCUCUCCAUCGUUGGCGUCAACGGUGUCGGCAAAUCCACCAACCUCUCCAAAAUCGCCUUCUUCCUGCUGCAGAAUCACCACCGCGUGCUGAUCGCCGCCGCAGACACGUUUCGCUCCGGCGCCGUCGAGCAGCUCCGCGUCCACGUGCGGAAUCUCCAGGAGCUCAGCAAGCGCGAGGGUGGCCAGGUCGAUCUCUUCGAAAAGGGGUAUGGCAAAGACGCUGCGAAUAUCGCGGCUGAUGCUGUUACGCACGCCGCGAAGACGAAUUUCAACGUCGUGCUCAUUGACACGGCGGGCCGAAGGCACAACGACCAGCGACUCAUGUCCUCGCUGGAGAAGUUCGGCAAACUAGCUAAGCCGGAUAAGAUCCUCAUGGUUGGUGAGGCGCUCGUGGGCUCCGAUUCCGUUGCCCAAGCGCGCAACUUCAACCAAAGCUUUGGUCCUGGCAGAGGCCUGGAUGGCUUUAUCAUCAGCAAGUGUGACACUGUGGGCGACAUGGUGGGUACGCUGGUUAGCAUGGUGCAUGCGACGGGUAUCCCGGUUGUCUUCUUGGGCGUUGGGCAGCAUUACGCUGACUUGAGGGGUUUGAAUGUUGGCAGUGUGUGUAGGCUUUUGAUGAGCUAG